CCACAAAUCGCACCAGCAUCAUGGAGUUCUUCGCGGCCUCGCCCGAGGUGGAUGCCACCGCGCUCUUGAAGGACGCCAUCGUUGUCGCGCCCGCCAUCUCGUUCGCCAACAUGGGCCAACUGGUCGUCGACGUCCUCGUCAACUCGGCGCUUGGACAAGUGAUGGACAUGCAGCGCGUCGGCUACUUGUUCUCGAAGCGCGUGGCGCCGAUGGCCGGCGCGGCGGCGUUUGCCACCCAGGCCGCGGGCGACCUCUGCCUCAACAUGGAGGUCUACCUCAUGUCGUACCCAUUGCCCAACUCGUCGGCGGUGCAAAAGGUCGCCUUUGUGCAGCAGCGCACGUCGGUGCUCCCCGGUCAAAGCGCUGCGUUCGUCCGUGAGUUUGUUGCGUGGACCAAGCUCGUGCAGGCGGCCUCUGUGCUUUUGCUCGCGGGCGCCGACAACAUGCUCUGUCACGACCGCGACAUGCACGUGCACCGCAUCAAGUGGGCGGGCGCCAACGGUCCUUUCUUCAACGACGCGUUCUUGGCCAUGAUCCCGCGCCUGCCGCUGGCCGACGGCGACGCGACGGUGUGGGACGCGACGCGUGGCACGGGCCUCGCGCCGGCCAUGGACCGCGAAGCCGCCUCGCAACACAUGAACUUUCUGUCGUUCGUGCUCUUCUGUGCUGAGGGCAACAACGUGCCGGACGCUGUGUACCUCGCGAGCUGUGUCGCCCAGUACCUCCAGCUGCCGCCGGCGUCGUUCAAGCUGCAGCUGCCGCCGUCCUGGAGCCAUUUGUUUGGCCGGGACCCGUCCGUCUCGCUCUUCUUGUAGAUUUACCGUAGCUUUGGCCUAAAACGGAAAAAUACGACGACAACCUUUCGAUCGCGU